AUGAGAGCUCUGAGUCAUGCUGUACAACAGCCACUGCGUCGCCUGUUCAGCCUCGUGUCCUGGGAGAACCUGCUGCAGAAGGUGAGGAACCUCAACAGCUGCACCCUCACUGUCCUCACACAGUACAGCAGGUUCUGUAACUCCUGUUGGAGGAAAAGCUCUCAGGUCUCAGGUAAAGGAAGUAAAGGUAAAAAAGCUCCGCCUCCUCGAGUAGAAACCAAACUGAAACGCAGAGGAGAAGAAACCUGCAACUACAUUGAUGAUGAACCAGACGACGGCCCACAGCACUACGUCCUCAUGACGGGUUUCCAUCAGCCGAGUCUGAUCUCUGCGUUAGACUCCAUAGGGGUUCAUGUCUCCAACGUCAUCAGACUGAAGUCAGACAGUAGUCAGAUCUCACAUGUGGCUCAGGAGGAGGGGAACACCGAGACGACUGAGGAACAAGAGCUCUUAGUCGGUGUGAGGGAGCGCCAGCAGGACCUCAGCGUCUUCUGGGAUCAGCUGGAUGGAGUUCUGAACAGCGCCGGCUUCCAGUCCAGACUCUCCGAUGUCGCUCGCCUGGACUACACAGUGGGUCAGAACCUGUUGAGCAGAGAUUUAACCAAAUCUGCUGAAAUGCAGGAAGUGGGCGUGGCCAUAUUUGAGGGCAUGGCCUGUUUGGUGUAUGACUGCUUGGAUUGGAGGAGGCAGCAUGAGCACUACCUAAACACAAUGAGACUGAUCAACAUCCCAAACAUCUACACACCUGUACACAAUAUCCCACCUGAUGCACCUACUGAGGUUGUAUCAGUGAGGAUAAAGUCAGAGGAGAGAUCAGAUGUGGAUAUGAGGCUGUACACUGAUCUCCUGGACAGAAUUCCUCUAUAUUGUGUCUCUGUUCCUCUGAUCCUUCACUGUCUACUAGAACAGGUGGUUUUAUCAGAACAGGAAGUGAGCGGUGGAUCGGAUGGGAGAUCAGAUCCUGAGCGUGAUUUGAUCGUCUACAUGAUGGAAAGUGUGAAGCCCCAGUGUGAGCAGGAGUGCAGCGAGCUGAUGGAGCAUUUUGGACUUAAUGGAGAUAAUGGCGAAAGUAAAGACAGAAGCCCUGCGCUGCUGCAUCAUCACGACGAGAGAUCAAAGAGACUCUACAACAUACCUGUGCUGGACGGUUUAGAUGCAGUGAGUGCUGAGGAGUGUAUGAUGAAGAAAAGUUGUGUUUUUAACACUUUGAUGUUUAAACACACCAACACCAACAACCUCCACACAGCCAGGAGACAUGAACUUCUGUACCACUGCUCCACUGACUCUCUGAGCUCUGCUGAUGCCCAGAGGUUCCUCCAGCUGUGUGUGUUUGAGAGCAUGCCCCUGACUACAGUAGAUGAGUGCAGUACUCACACGCUCGUCACGCCACACACUGUGUUACCGUGGGACGACCCCAUGACCUUCUCACACUCCGUCUACUGUGGCGAGGACACAACACACGAAAGUACAGUGCCAGGUGACAAGCAGCAGGAGAUUCAAUUCAGUUUGGAAGAUUUACAAAAGACGCUGAUUAGACACUUCAGACACUGGAACUUCACUGAACAUCACAAUGUUGACGUCUUUUCUCAGGUGUUGCAAACAGCGUGUGAAAAAUACAGAUGUGUGGAUUCAUUUCACAGCAGUCAGUCCAAUAUUGUGUACGUCUUUUGCCACAAUCCCAUGAGUCCUGAAAGGAGCAGCAGAGCAUCAUGGGAAGUCUCUCUUCACAGUGAUGUUAGAUUCAGGACUUACCUGGAUAACGUUGCAGAGUCCAUCAAAGACUGGGUCAGAGCCGAGGAGAAGAGACUACAACAACAACAACAACACCAAGAGACAGAGACACCGGAUACAACAACAAAAGGAGUGUCCCCACUACCAGAGAAGUCAGAGGUGUUCAUAGGAGAAGACUCUCUGAAAGUGUUUACAGGUUACAGGAUGGAUGGCAGGUUGGUUCAGGUGAGAGGAGAGAGUCAGUGUGUUUAUCCAUCAGAUGGAGGGCAAAUAUGUGUGGAGAAAGUCUACUAUGUACAGGGU